AUAAAGGUAUUCGCACAGCUUCUCACUUGUGCGCCUCAUCUCCGCGUCCUGGCUUGAACGCGUGUAAUAGGAAGCACUGCCUCCCUCCUUCAUGCGUAAAUUAUGUAGGGCAGGACGGGAAUGCUGCUACCUCCAUUUGAGAAAACCCGGCCGGUGAAUGUGAGGGGGGGAAACACCAAAAGACGAAUUCAAGCAGCGUUUCGACUGAGCAUCACGACCUGCCUCUUGUGAAGCAAAGGAGAGGAAAAUAUGGACAUCACGGACCAAGGAGCUCAAAUGGAGCCGCUCUUACCCACGGAACCAAGUUCCCAAGGAAGUACAGAUGUGAGAGCUGAUGAGGAGGCAGUGGUGGACCGUGGGGGCACGCGCUCCAUGCUCAACACCAACUUUGAGAAGGAAGAACUCGAAGGUCACCGCACUCUCUACAUCGGGGUUCACGUUCCUGUGGGCAGGAGGUCGCACCGACGUCACCGUCACCAUGGACACAAACACAGGAAGAGGUCCAAGGAGAGGGACUCUACAACUGAUGAUGGAAGAGAAUCUCCGUCUCACACAGACACACCAGCUCAGAGGGUGCAGUUCCUGUUGGGGACAGAGGAUGCCGAUGAGGAACACAUUCCUCAUGCCCUGUUUACGGAGCUAGACGAAAUCUGCCUCAGGGAGGGUGAGGACGCAGAAUGGAAAGAGACAGCCAGGUGGCUCAAGUUUGAGGAGGAUGUUGAGGACGGUGGUGAGCGGUGGAGUAAACCCUACGUAGCCACUCUGUCUCUACACAGCCUUUUUGAGCUUCGUAGCUGCAUCAUGAACGGCACCGUGAUGCUGGACAUGAGGGCCAACUCGCUGGAGGAGAUCGCAGAUAUGGUUCUGGAUCAGCACGAGCUGUCAGGUCCUGUAGGUCCGGAAGCCAGGAGGAGGAUCCGCGAGGCUCUGCUCAAACAGCACCACCACCAAAACCACAAGAAACUGGCCAACCGCAUACCCAUCGUACGCUCCUUCGCUGAUAUCGGCAAGAAACAAUCUGAGCCUCAUUCUAUGGACAAGAAUGGCCAAACAGUCUCACCUCAGUCCCAGUCGACUAACAAUGAUGGCAAACAGGACGUGAGCAGAGAAAACAGUGCUGUGGACUUCAGCAAGAUUGACCUCCAUUUCAUGAAGAAGAUCCCUCCCGGUGCUGAGGCGUCUAACGUCCUGGUGGGGGAGCUGGAAUUCUUAGAGCGCCCCGUGGUGGCCUUUGUCCGCCUGUCCCCUGCUGUGCUGCUCAACGGCCUGGCUGAGGUUCCCAUCACUACAAGGUUUCUUUUCAUCCUGCUAGGCCCUUUGGGAAAAGGUCCACAGUAUCAUGAAAUUGGCCGGUCUAUUGCUACACUCAUGACUGAUGAGAUUUUCCAUGAUGUUGCUUACAAGGCCAAAGACAGGAAUGACCUGGUGGCAGGCAUCGAUGAGUUUCUGGACCAGGUGACAGUGUUACCUCCUGGAGAGUGGGACCCCUCCAUCAGAAUAGAACCUCCCAAAAACGUGCCUUCUCAGGAAAAGCGAAAGAUUCCCCCUCUUCCCAACGGAGUGACAGAUCUUGGAGAGUCGGAGGACCACGGAGGACACGGUGGGCCUGAGCUGCAGCGCACUGGGAGGCUUUUUGGCGGGUUGUUCUUGGACAUUAAACGGAAGGCCCCUCACUACUUUUCCGACUUCAAAGAUGCCAUCAGCCUGCAGUGUCUGGCCUCCUUCCUCUUUCUCUACUGCGCCUGCAUGUCACCCGUCAUCACCUUUGGAGGACUCCUGGGGGAGGCCACAGAGGGACGGGUGAGUGCUAUUGAGUCCCUGUUUGGGGCUUCCAUGACUGGAAUCGCCUACUCUAUUUUCGCGGGGCAGCCGCUCACCAUCCUGGGCAGCACUGGGCCUGUGCUUGUCUUUGAGAAAAUCCUCUUCAAGUUCUGCGCUGAGUAUGGCCUCUCCUAUCUCUCCCUGAGGGCCUGUAUUGGCCUGUGGACAGCCUUCUUCUGUCUGCUGCUGGUGGCCACGGAUGCCAGCUCGCUUGUCUGCUACAUCACACGCUUCACUGAGGAAGCUUUUGCUGCGCUGAUCUGCAUCAUCUUCAUCUACGAGGCUCUGGAGAAGCUGCUCCACCUGGGGACGCAUUACCCCAUCAAUAAACACAACAACCUGCAGACUCUCACUCAGUACUCGUGUGCGUGUGUGGAGCCCAUAAACCCCAGCAAUGACACUCUGCAGUUCUGGGAAGAGAAAAACAUCACAGUCUCACAGGUCAACUGGACCAUGCUGGAGGUCAAGGAGUGCGAGAUGUUUCACGGGGAGUUUGAGGGUACCGCCUGCGGACCCCAUGGCCCCUACGUCCCGGACGUCCUCUUCUGGUGCGUGGUCCUGUUUUUCUCCACCGUCCUCAUGGCCGCAUUCCUCAAGGAGUUCAAGACGAGCCGUUACUUCCCCACCAAGGUGCGCGCCAUCAUCAGUGACUUUGCUGUGUUCAUCACCAUCCUGACUAUGGUUCUUGUAGAUUACGCCCUGGGGAUCCCCUCACCCAAAUUGCAGGUCCCCAGCAAGUUCAAACCCACCAGGGAUGAUCGUGGCUGGUUGAUAAACCCUGUGGGGCCCAACCCCUGGUGGACCACCAUCAUCACUUUCCUCCCUGCUCUCCUCUGCACCAUCCUCAUUUUCAUGGACCAGCAGAUCACAGCCGUCAUCAUCAACAGGAAGGAGCACAAACUAAAGAAAGGCUGUGGCUACCACCUGGACCUGUUUGUGGUGGGGGUGAUGCUGGGGGUGUGCUCGGUGAUGGGCCUGCCGUGGUUCGUGGCAGCCACCGUGCUCUCCAUCUCCCACGUGAACAGCCUGAAGCUGGAGUCGGAGUGCUCGGCCCCCGGAGAGCAGCCCAAGUUCCUGGGUAUCCGAGAGCAGCGCUUCACCGGCCUCAUGAUCUUCACCCUGAUGGGCUGCUCCGUCUUCAUGACCUCUGUGCUAAAGUUCAUCCCCAUGCCUGUGCUGUACGGAGUCUUCCUCUACAUGGGGGCUUCCUCCCUCAGAGGCAUUCAGUUCUUUGACCGUCUGAGGCUGUUCAGCAUGCCGGCCAAACAUCAGCCGGACUUCAUCUACCUUCGGCACGUCCCUCUGAGGAAGGUGCACCUCUUCACCAUCGUCCAGCUCACCUGCUUGGUCCUGCUCUGGGUCAUCAAGACCUCCAAGGCGGCCAUCGUCUUCCCCAUGAUGGUCUUGGCUCUGGUGUUUAUCCGGAAGCUGCUGGAUCUCAUGUUCACCAAGAGAGAGCUGAGCUGGCUGGAUGAUCUGAUGCCCGAGUGGAAGAAGAAGAAACUAGAGGAUGCAGACGAAGAGGAGGAGCACAGUAUUAUUGCAGAGGAAGAAGGCAUUGUACAAGUGCCAAUGGAGGGACACCUCAAGUGUGACCCUGCCACAGUGAACAUCACUGAUGAGAUGUCUAAAGGAUCUUUCGGAAAUGUGUGGAAGAAUGUCGACCCUAGUGAGACCACGAAGAAGGAGCCAAGCGCUAAAAGCUCCCCUUCCUAACCUCUCAGCAGCUGAUAUCCCAAAGUUCUAGCGGCGAAAAGCGACACAAACGCCGGAGGCAUGAUAAGAGCUUGGACAGGGAGACAAGUUUGUGAUGACACCUACUUUCUGGCGGUGCCACUGUACUGUCAAUCAGUAGAUCAAAAAACAAAAAAAGCUGUACCGUGCCACACUCAACCACCUUUGUACUGUGCUACACUGUGUUUUUGUCAUGUAAGUCUCUGUGCAAGUUGUGUAAAACAAAGAAUUUGUUAGAAACAGUAUUAGCACGGGAAGGAAUCAGUACACAUUUGUGUUAUUUUUCAAUGUAUAUCAAUGUUUGGUGAUACCAGCAGCCAGAAUGAUACCACACUUACAAAAGCUGCUGUGUCAAUGGGCCAAUUAAAUAACAAUUUUAAACAAUUUUUAAAUCUACUUUAUUUGUAUUUUGUAUGUUUUUAUAUUUUUCCAACAGUAGUUGUACGUUUUCCUAAACCUGCCACAGCCGACUGCAGAUGUGUGGAUUGUGUGUGCAGUAUUUAAUGCCACUAUUGACUUGAUGCACCUCGAAAAGUAGACAUUUGCCAUUACUAAUCUAUUUCACUGGUAUCUAGGAGUUGGUUAUAUAACAAAACUAGUAAUUUUUUUGAAAGUAUUAAAUAUACAUUUUCUAUAUUCUGUAUAUCUUAAUGUUUUUGUGACAGUAACAGCUCAUAUCACUUCAGAGUUUUCUCCCUUUCUAUUUUACAAAUAAAUGUCUCUCGUCCAGUAAAGCAUUCCCCCGCACGAGUUAAAGGAACAGUCUUUCUGGUUAUUACUCUCAUUCGUUUUCUGUUAGAUGACAAGAUCGAUACCCCUCUCAUGCCUGCACACUAAACAUAAAGCUAGAGCUAGCAGCCUGCUAGCUCAAGACUUAAAACACGUAAACAGCUAGGCUGGCUCUGACCAAAUGUAACAAAAAUAGCCAAAAUGUCUCUGAUUAAUAACUUUAAAUGUUGUUUGUAUUAUCUGUGCAAAAACCAAAAUGUAAAAAGGUAUUUCUUUUGUUGCUGCUAUUUUUUGGCAGGUAGCAUGCGACAGCUUAAUUUUUAGCAAACAGACACGAGAGUGGUAUUGGUCUAUCUCUAUACAAGAAAAGUGAAUAAGCAUAUUGACCGAGCAAAGCUCUUCCUUUAAUGACAGUAUUCAUUUACUGGCACACAUUUCCAUGCUAGCAUCUGAGCAUAGUGCUGGAACGUUCAGUACCUGCAGCUACUCGCCUUGGCUUUCAAUCCCUUUUUCAUCCAUUUUGCAAAUACUGAACUAGAGUCACACUAUUUUAAGCUCUAUGUUCUCCACCUGCAUACUCUUUGUCAUCUUGUCAGUAAGUGUCAUCCAUGGACAUGUGAUCUCCUAUCUAAACGACCCUCAAUAUUUUAGCAUCUGAAGCUAAUUGUUUUAAGCAAAACACCUGCAUGCUGUUGAAUCAGACAUGAAUGUCUUGCUGCAGACCGUGGUUACUUCUAGAGAUGCAAUAAUACCUUUUUUCUGGGAAGGGCAACAUGUAAUAAAUGGUAAAGAGUCUUAACAAUGUAUAAAACAUAGUAUAUUUUAUUCAUGUAAAAUGUUAUUAAUAUAUUACUAACAUGAAGUCAGUGUUGAAGGCAGGUUUUGUUGUAGAUGUUCUUUUCCCAUUGUCUAAUUGAUGGUUCUUAGUUGUUUAGAGAAACUAAUAAGGGGUCAGAAUUAUAUCAAUAUCAAAUAUUUUGACCACUUCUGUGUGGAAAUCUGCCUUAAAUUUGGUAGUGAUACAUGUAAAAGGUUUGAAAUGAAAUGAAAUGUACACUUUCUGUUUAAAUAAUUUAAGACACCUGUAAAGAAACUAUCAGUUCAGAUUUGUUGUUAAAUUGUGCUUUGUUUAUUGAGAAUGGGAGCGAGAGCAUAAAUAAAGAUCUAAAAUGAUGAA